CCCGUCAGUACGAUUCCUGUGAAUAUCUAUGCAGGACAGCACGGAGCAGGGCCCAAAGGCUCGAUGAAAACAAGUGAAAGUUCGUUUGGAAAAGCAACAAAAACCUAUCAAAAAUUUCGACAAUCAUUAGCGAAUUUUUAAGAAUUUUUAAGCAUCAAAUCUAGUUAGUGAAAAAAUAUAAAAAAUAUUUUUAAGUAAAUACAUUUUUGGGCGGCCAGAGGAAUAACAAAAUCAGCUGCCUGGGCGCAGCGGCUUCAGCUGCUCAACUAGUGCGCCGAAUCGAAAAUCCUUUGGCAGCGGCAGCAUCAGCAGCAGCGAGACUUGGAGACUUGUAAACACUUUUAGGCCAUGUGCUAAAAGCCAGUUACUCGCUCUGCACGACGAACUGCGUCAGAGAUUGAGCACUGAACCAAGGCAGUGGCAGUGGCAGAGGCAGAAAGGUAAACAAAAACCUGUGCGCGUGUUUUUUGCAUCAAUAAAACACCGGCCGCUCGCCCGCCCAGCCAACGAACCAACGUCAAGGCCUUCAUUUUUUUUUUUUGGUUGGUUGGUCCGCCGUGACGUCACCAUGGCUCCUGGCUGCUGCACAAUACGCCCACCCGCUGCCCUUCUCGCUCACAUCUGGCGUCACUGCAAGCCGCUAUGCCUGCUUCUGGUCCUCCUUCUCUUCUGCGAAACGGUCCAAGCCAAUCCCGAUGCCAAGCGGCUCUAUGAUGAUCUGCUAAGUAACUACAACCGCCUCAUUCGCCCCGUUAGCAAUAACACCGACACGGUGCUGGUCAAGUUGGGUCUCCGCCUGUCCCAACUCAUCGAUUUGAAUCUCAAAGAUCAAAUUCUAACGACCAACGUGUGGCUGGAGCACGAGUGGCAGGAUCAUAAAUUCAAGUGGGAUCCCUCGGAGUACGGUGGAGUCACGGAACUUUAUGUGCCCUCCGAGCACAUCUGGCUGCCCGACAUUGUGCUCUACAACAAUGCCGAUGGCGAGUAUGUGGUCACCACUAUGACAAAAGCCAUUCUACACUACACUGGCAAAGUCGUUUGGACCCCUCCAGCCAUCUUCAAGUCCAGCUGCGAGAUUGAUGUCCGUUACUUUCCCUUCGAUCAGCAGACCUGCUUCAUGAAGUUCGGCUCCUGGACCUAUGAUGGUGAUCAGAUCGAUUUGAAGCACAUCAGCCAGAAGAACGAUAAGGACAACAAGGUGGAGAUUGGCAUCGACUUGCGAGAGUAUUAUCCCAGUGUGGAAUGGGAUAUUCUGGGAGUUCCAGCCGAGCGGCACGAGAAGUACUAUCCGUGCUGUGCUGAACCGUAUCCGGACAUCUUCUUUAACAUCACCCUGAGAAGGAAGACUCUUUUCUACACGGUUAACCUGAUUAUUCCAUGUGUGGGAAUCUCAUAUCUAUCGGUGCUGGUCUUUUACCUGCCCGCUGAUUCCGGAGAGAAGAUUGCCCUGUGUAUUAGCAUCCUUCUGUCGCAGACCAUGUUCUUCUUGCUCAUAUCAGAGAUUAUACCGUCGACUUCGCUGGCCCUGCCGCUUCUGGGAAAAUAUCUACUGUUUACCAUGUUGCUGGUUGGCCUGAGUGUUGUCAUUACGAUUAUCAUAUUGAAUAUACACUACCGGAAGCCAAGUACCCACAAGAUGAGACCUUGGAUAAGGUCGUUCUUUAUCAAGAGACUGCCCAAGCUGCUGCUGAUGCGUGUGCCCAAGGACCUGCUGCGUGACCUGGCCGCCAAUAAGAUCAACUAUGGCCUCAAGUUCAGCAAGACCAAGUUCGGACAGGCGCUGAUGGACGAGAUGCAAAUGAACUCCGGCGGCUCCAGUCCGGAUUCCCUGCGGCGCAUGCAAGGUCGAGUGGGCGCAGGCGGUUGCAAUGGCAUGCACGUGACCACGGCCACGAACAGAUUCAGCGGCCUGGUGGGAGCUUUGGGUGGCGGAUUGAGCACAUUGAGCGGCUACAACGGACUGCCAUCGGUGCUGUCGGGACUGGACGACUCUUUGAGCGAUGUGGCCGCACGCAAAAAGUAUCCUUUCGAGCUGGAAAAGGCCAUACACAACGUCAUGUUCAUACAGCAUCACAUGCAGCGCCAGGACGAGUUCAAUGCGGAAGACCAGGAUUGGGGCUUCGUGGCCAUGGUCAUGGAUCGCCUGUUCCUCUGGCUCUUCAUGAUCGCCUCCCUCGUGGGAACAUUUGUGAUCCUGGGAGAGGCACCGUCACUAUACGACGAUACCAAGGCCAUUGAUGUUCAGCUAUCGGAUGUUGCCAAGCAAAUCUACAAUCUAACCGAGAAGAAGAAUUAAAUUCAAGAGAGAGAGAGCCUAAGUUUAAGACAAUUUCCUAGUUUAAUGCAGUGUUUCAGCAAUAUGAUGCGAAUGAAAAUUAAAAUACGAAAUAAA